CGCGGAGGGCGCGCCCGGGCGAGGCGGGGCCGGGAGGAAAAGGCGCCACCAGAGAGUGGCAUCCGCUACCAUCGCCGGAGGGAGAUCGAGAGCCCCCUGAGGCCCAGCCCACCGGCGCCAAGGCUCCCCUUUCCUUAGGCCACCUUUCGCCCGCCUCCUGCCGCGAGCCAAGGCCGGCACCCCGCCCGGAGAUGGGCAGACGCGAGGAUGGCGUGGCUCCCAGCGCCGCCAGAUCGCAGGAGCCCGGCGCCGGGGCGCUGCGCUGAAGCUCCCGAUCGGCGCAGCCUGGGAAGCCUGCAGGUGUCCUUGGCCGCUCGGCCGCCGGAGCCCAGAACCCCGCGCCCCGGAGCGGCUCCGCCCCCCAGGCUCGGCGCUGCGCAGGACGCCCCGUCUGAGCCCCCCCUCCCCACCCCGCCCCAGCACGGCCCCCGCUGCGCAGCGCCAGCCCAGCGCCGCUCCCAGCCGCUGCCGAGCGGCGGACGCAGGACCGGAGGCUCGCUCCUGCUGGCGCGCUUGUUUUCCUGCGGCCGCCUCGCCCUGCGCAGCCCCCGCCCGCCUGAACGCCGCGCUCCGCUCAGCCCCGCCCGCCUUCCGUGCCCUGCGCUGGAUUUAUGAAUGGGGGGAAGAGGCCACAUGCCGCCGCCGCCGCCGCGUGCUGACCGCAAGCACCCCGGGCCCGCGGAGCUCCGGCUGCCGUGAGAGCGUCGGCCCGGCCCCGGCAGCCGCUCCGAGGACUUGUUGCUGCUGCGCUGCCGCCGCCGCCGCCGCGGGGAAGCCGGCCGCUCCCGGGACUCGGCUCGGUCUGCGAGAGCCGGAGGGUGGCCUGCGUGAGUGUGAGCGCGCGCGCGCGCGCCCCGGACCCUCGCAGUGCGCCUGGACUGUGCGCUAACUCGCCUUUUGGGGGUGACGGGGGGGGCGUGUCCAGAGCCCGAGCGUCUGAGUGUCCAGUCCUAGCCGGGGAGGUGUGUGUUUGCCCCUGCCUCCCCGGGUCUCUCGCCUGGGUCCUCGGCUCGCCUUUUCCCUCCUUGCCUCCCUCGCCGGAGCUGCCUGCCCAAACCCCAACCACCUGUGCACCCGAGAAACCCAACUCCUCCUGCUCUGCGCCCCGGGGGGGGAGAGGCAGGGGCAGGGCCAAGCCGCAGAGGGGACCGCCGCCGCCUCCUCCUGCCUCCUCCUCGCCUCCUCCUCGCCUCCUCCCCCUCCCCGGUCUGACGCUGCCUCCUCGGGAAGGGUGUUUGGAGGGCAGCGGCCGCCCCAAGCCGAAGCCCCGCAGCGCUUCUUAUGAUCAGCUCGGUGUGUGUCUCCUCCUACCGUGGGCGCAAGUCGGGGAACAAGCCUCCGUCCAAAACAUGUCUGAAGGAGGAGAUGGCCAAGGGCGAGGCGUCGGAGAAGAUCAUCAUCAACGUGGGCGGCACGCGACAUGAGACCUACCGCAGCACCCUGCGCACCCUACCGGGCACCCGCCUCGCCUGGCUGGCCGAUCCCGACGGCGGGGGCCGGCCCGAGUCCGAUGGCGGCGGUGCAGGCAGCCGCGGCAGCAGCGGCGGCGGGAGCUGCGAGUUCUUCUUCGACCGGCACCCGGGCGUCUUUGCUUACGUGCUCAACUACUACCGCACGGGCAAGCUGCACUGCCCCGCCGACGUGUGCGGGCCGCUCUUCGAGGAGGAGCUCACCUUCUGGGGCAUCGACGAGACCGAUGUGGAGCCCUGCUGCUGGAUGACCUACCGCCAGCACCGCGACGCCGAAGAGGCGCUCGAUAUCUUCGAGAGCCCGGACGGAGGCGGCGGUGGCGCGGGGACGGGCGACGAGGCCGGCGACGAUGAACGGGAGCUGGCCCUGCAGCGCCUGGGGCCCCACGAGGGAGGUGCGGGCCCCGGCGCCGGGUCCGGGGGCUGCCGUGGCUGGCAGCCCCGCAUGUGGGCGCUCUUCGAGGAUCCCUACUCCUCCCGGGCGGCCAGGGUGGUGGCCUUCGCCUCUCUCUUCUUCAUCCUGGUCUCCAUCACCACCUUCUGCCUGGAGACCCAUGAGGCCUUCAACAUUGACCGCAACGUGACAGAGAUCCACCGGGUGGGGAACACCACCAGCGUGCACUUCCGGCGGGAGGUGGAGACGGAGCCCAUCCUGACCUACAUCGAGGGGGUGUGUGUGCUAUGGUUCACGCUGGAGUUCCUGGUGCGCAUCGUGUGCUGCCCUGACACGCUGGACUUCGUCAAGAACCUGCUCAACAUCAUCGACUUCGUGGCCAUCCUGCCCUUCUACCUGGAGGUGGGCCUGAGCGGCCUGUCCUCCAAGGCGGCCCGAGACGUGCUGGGCUUCCUGCGCGUGGUGCGCUUCGUGCGCAUCCUGCGCAUCUUCAAGCUCACGCGCCACUUCGUGGGGCUGCGCGUGCUGGGCCACACCCUGCGCGCCAGCACCAAUGAGUUCCUGCUGCUCAUCAUCUUCCUGGCCCUGGGGGUGCUCAUCUUUGCCACCAUGAUCUACUAUGCUGAGCGCAUUGGCGCCAGGCCCUCUGACCCGCGGGGCAAUGACCACACCGACUUCAAGAACAUCCCCAUCGGCUUCUGGUGGGCGGUGGUCACCAUGACGACGCUGGGCUACGGGGACAUGUACCCCAAGACCUGGUCAGGCAUGCUGGUGGGGGCGCUGUGUGCACUGGCUGGCGUGCUCACCAUCGCCAUGCCCGUGCCGGUCAUCGUCAACAACUUCGGCAUGUACUACUCCCUGGCCAUGGCCAAGCAGAAGCUGCCUAAGAAAAGAAAGAAGCACGUGCCCCGGCCGCCUCAGCUUGAGUCACCCAUUUACUGCAAGUCUGAGGAGACCUCGCCCCGGGACAGCACCUACAGUGAUACCAGCCCCGCUGCCCCAGAAGAGGGUAUGGUUGAGAGGAAACGGGCAGACUCCAAGCAGAACGGCGAUGCCAAUGCGGUGCUGUCAGACGAGGAGGGAGCUGGCCUCACCCAGCCCCUGGCCUCCGCCCCCACCCCUGAGGAGCGCCGGGCCCUGCGACGCUCUGGCCCCCGGGACAAAACCAAGAAGGCGGCCGCCUGCUUCCUGCUCAGCGCCGGGGACUAUGCCUGUGUUGAUGGCAGGGUCCGGAAAGGCUGUGCAAAAUCCCGGAGUCUAAACAACAUAGCUGGAGCAGGAGGAACCAGUCUGGGGCUGUCUCCACUGGCAUCGAGAUACAGCUCACCCUACCCUCCAAGAAAGCUCCUGCUCUCCCACCCCUUCCGCCCUCUCACCAGCCCUCCCCCUGGGCCCCCGGCCCCUUAGCCGCGCCCUCGGCUCUCCCCACCUCUGGGCGCACACAUGCCCUCCAGCCCUCAUUCCUCUGGAGGCCUGAGGGAGCCGGGCAGGAGGCAGAGGAACCCAGGCCCCCGAGCCUCUCCUCCACAGCACCCAGCUCCCCAGAACGUUCAGCUCUGGAGCCUGAGAGCAAGGGGGAGAUGGCUCCCAGGGCUCCUCUCGCACUGAUCCCCCGCCUCCCCGUCCUGAGCCGGAGCUGCCGGCACCCCCAGGACCUGUGCCUCUGGGCCUUGCCUCCCCUCAGGGUCCCACCUUCAUCAUGGCAAAUGCAUUCCCAGUCCUCGUGGCCUUUAGUCAGUAACCAGCCUGCGACUGAGUAUCUCUGUCUGUCUGUCUGUCCAUCCCACACCCAGACCAGCAAAGAAUAAGGCCGUCCCGUGGGGCACCCCGAUCUCUGCUGGUGCGCAGGGAGCUAACUGGUCAGGGGAGCGGUGCCCCCCUGGGAGAGGAGGCCUGAUGGUCUCCAGCUCCGGUCUGGCCUGCAGGUGGGGUCCCUAGGGCCCCACUAUUGGCUGCCUAGGCACGGGAAUGCCCUCCUCUUGGGAGUGACGUCCGGCGACAGCAGAGCCCGGCAUCCCAUCUGCGCCCCAGCAGCCGUAUCUCUCCCAAGCUGCUCUCUCUGCUUCCACGAGUUUUUCUUCCCUCCUUCUCCUGCUGCCUCAGACUCCCAGCCCUGCCUGAGUCACCUGCCGCUCCCAGCCAGCCUCUGCGCUCUGGAUUGCUGCCAGAACCGGAGACUCAUCUAAUUUCUAUAAUUAAGUGUAUUCAUUUACCUAACGAGCCCGGGAGCACAACAGGUUUGUGAGUCAUUGAGGGAGCAGGGGCGCGCCCUGGGCAGGGGCAGCCGAGGGGAAGUGUGGGGACAGAAGCCAUCCCGCCCCCUCCCGCUCCUGCGCAGGCACCCUGCCACUCCCAGGCAGGGCAGGGCUGGGCUGGGCCAGGCUGCAGGUGGCCCCUCUCCAGCAGCGAACCGGGGGAGGCUCUCCAGGCCCCCUCGGCCCCAGAAACGCGGAAGGCCUCAGCCAAGACAUUUCCUGUUUUACCUGAUGGGAAUUAGACCUGACAGUGGAGCUGUGCGCCUGGCAAUUUUUAGAGUCAGAUUAUGCAACUUUGGAGAGGGAAUGACUAAGGUCCAUAUCUGCUCCUUCCAGGGUGGGCAAAGAUAGGAAGGGCAAGACAGCAUUCAGGGACUCAGCAGGAGGCCGGGGAGUCUGGAGGCCGCCCCGAAUGGUGAACUGGGCAGAAAGGUCAGAUCAUUUCAUGAGGGUUGGGUGUUGUGACAAGCCUGGGCCAGGAGCACCCCCCUUUCAGUGCCCUCUGUCUUCAGCCUGGGGCAGACACAGGAAUGUGCCUUCCAGAGAAGUCUGUCCACAGUGGGCCCUGGGAUACCCCAGCCCUGCUGUGGUCAUGGGGCCUGUCUCCUGCUUGCUCUCAGAAUGAAGUGUCCCCCUAAGAGGUGAGAAAAUAAAGGGGCAUCCAUGUGACCACGCUUCAAGAGGGGACAGGCCCCUUCAAGUGACAGACAGGGAAGCCCUGUGGAGCAGGAUGGAGACUCUAGGUGCCCUCUCACAGCUGGCCCUGGGAGCCCAGCUGCUGCUCCUUGGUGAGGACAGAUUCAGUCUUGUCCCCACAGGGCUCCCUGGCACCCGGGUCCUGCCCCCGGCAGGGACGUGAUGAGCUAGGUGUCCGGUUUAGCGCGGACACCACAGCUCUUCUGUGCUCGGGCUUGCCUCCCGGGCUCAGGGAGCCGAGGCGGCUAUUUCUGUGGCGGCCCUCAAGUUGUCAGGAGUCCAAGUUUCCACGGCACCCACCUCCUCCUUCCCUCUCUUCCCUCCCACAGGGAUGGGCAUGCUCAUGGCACCCCUCUGGUGGGUACAGCUGUCCCUGGGCGACAUGAUGCGGGAGUGCCAGGCUGGAGCCCCUCGUGCCUUGGGAGAUGGGCUCCCGCCUGUCCCCCCACUGGCUCUCUGGCUUCUGUAGGGGAAGCACAGGACCUGGCUAACAGGACAGCUGAGGAGGCUGUCUGCCCCAGCUACCUCUCAGGACUUCUGGGCCUCCCAGGGCCCUGCCUAGGGAGGCGGCUGCCUGCACGGGCCUCAGCUUAUCCAGACCUGGGGCCUCGCACCUCAGGGGGAGACUCUCUCUUCCACCUAUAAUCUGAGAGCACAGUUUGCUUUAUGUUGCACGUGGACUUGGACCUGUACCCAUUACUUUGUCUCGGAGAAACCUUUCCCCCACGGCUGGGGCCCACUCCCUCCCAGCAGAGCAGGGAAGCUGCCCAGAUAGGAGCUGUUAACCUUACUUACUGUUAACAGCCAUAGAGGCCAUUUCUCAACCCCCAGGGCUUCUGGGAGGAGCUAUGAGCUGGAACCAGAGGGGAAGACGUCUGUUCAGCAUAGGCCCGGAAGUCACCCUUUCCCAGAGCCCCCUGGGAGAGGAGGGCCUCCUCUGCCCUGGCCAGCGUAUCACCGUGAAAUGCCUGCCCCUCACAGCAGCCUCCUUCCCUGCCCUUCCUGUGCCCCCACUGGGAAGGUGGGAGAAGGGAAGGCCCACGCCACCGACAUUCCAGGCUGAGGAUGGGAUGCCGAGAAGGGCUCGCUGAGCGGUUGGGUUUCUCAGUAAGAUGCUCUUUUCUGGCUUUGUCUCCUGAGAUGGAUACAUGGGUCCUCCCUGACCUUCCCCUUCAGUAUCUACCCUCCAGCUGUUCCAGCUCUGUUCCCACCAGAUUGAGGAAGGGGGGCUGGGCACACAAGGCAGCACACUCAGGAGCCUUCUUCACUAGCCCGCCUGGGACAGUGGGAUAGCCCCAGCUAGUGAUGGCGGGUGGAGCUAUGUGGGGGAAGGGAGCCCAGGUUGGACCACAGGCCACACCAGGAACCUCCCCCACUGCGUCCGUACCAGGCUUCGGGGUUGUGGUCCCUCCACCCACUGCACUGGGGUUGUGAAGACCUGAGGGCUAGGGAUUCCUGGAGCUCAUUACCUGAGCAGGUAUGGAGAUAAAGCUGUAACAUGACCUAGGAGUCACUUGGCCUAGCUCUGGGUAGGCAGCUAGGGGCUGCAGGAGGGGCUCCCCCCAUUCCCUGACCCAUCCUUGCGCUUCCUGGCCUCUUUGCCCUGGGUCCCCAUGCCUUCCAGCUCUGCUCCUGGCCUAGUCCUUAGCCCACAGGCUGUGGGUCCGCAGCUGGCUUCCUUCUAACGUCUCAUUCUUUGUUUCUCCCUUUCUUUUGCUGAACUCCUUGCCCCCCCAGAAGGCAAUGUUGAGCCGAAAGCGUGCGUCCCAGUGUCUCACACCUGUGCUCUUUAAACACAGAGACCUGCCAAGACGCCCUCUCGCCCAGCUAUGCCCAGGCUGAAGUCCUCACCCUCUCUUAAGCGGCACCAACGUGAGAG